UCCUAUAAAAAGCAGCGCUUGUCGCGGAGGAGCUCAGACUUUCUCCGCUCAGGUGAGCCUCGCAGACAGAGAUGCGCGUUAUGGAGCGCACUUUCCGGGAGCAGCUCUUCUUUCUGGUGUUGUGCCUGUCCGUCCUCAAGGGAGACUCCAGGUAUAUUGAGAACAACGAAAUCACAAAAGAUGAAUUAUAUUCAUUUUUCAACUCGGAACUCAAGAGAGAAAUACCCGAAGAGUUGAUGUAUCGCCGACCUUUACGUUGUCUGGACAUGGUUGCAGUGGAGGGCCAGUUCACCUUCACAGCAGAGCGCCCUCAGCUCAGCUGUGCCGCUUUCUUCAUGGCAGAGCCCAAUGAAGUGAUCAGUGUGGAUUAUGACAGCGUUGACAUUGACUGCAUAGGAGGAGACUUCAUCACUGUGUUCGACGGCUGGGUGAUGAAAGGGGAAAAGUUCCCCAGCACCCACGAUCACCCACUGCCUUUGUUCGAGCGCUAUGUGGAUUACUGUGACUCUGGAUCGCUGAGGAAAAGCGUGCGCUCUUCUCAGAACGUGGCCAUGGUCUUCUUCCGCAUUCACAGUGCCGGCAGCAGCUUCACCCUGACAGUCAGGAAACACACCAACCCCUUUCCCUGCAAUGUCAUGUCACAGUCACCAGAGGGCAGUUACACAAUGGUGAUCCCACAGCAGCACAGAAACUGCAGCUUCUCCAUCAUAUAUCCAGUAGAGAUCAGCAUCUCAGAGUUCAGCCUGGGCCACUACAACCACCUCCCCAAGAGAUCCAUGCCCGGAUGUGCAGAAUCAGGGGACUUUGUACAGCUGCUGGGGGGAAAUGGCAUUGAUACAUCAAAGCUGCUUCCCAUUACUGACCUCUGCAUCGCUUUCACUGGACCAACCCACAUGAAGAUUGGCUGUGAUAACACUGUGGUGAGGAUGGUGUCCAGCGGGAAGUUUGUCAACCGAGUGUCUUUCAGCUACAGGCUAUUAGACAGCCAGGAGCUACAGACCAUCAAACUCAACAACGUGGAAGAUUUCUGUUUCAAUAACUGAUCCUAACAGGAUCUUAUGUGACAAAUGUAGCAUUUGACUGCAAAAGUUUUUAAAAUUACUUUAAGUGAAAGUAACAGUCAGUCCCUCUGGUUAGAUAAAAUGUCUGAGGACAUUGAAAUAAAAGUGUAUGAAAAAUAAAAGAUAAGUGUCAUAGGACUAUUAUGAUAUUACACACUCCACUUUACAUUUUAUUAAAUAUAUUUUUCUUUUAAAUUUCAA